AUGUCGUAUGGUAAGGUAGGUUCUGGGCAGCGACUGGACGGCAACCUUGUUGAAACAGAUCUACACGGGAAUCAGCUGAAGAAGAUACAAACCAAUGGUGGACGUGGCUAUCACGCAGUCACAUAUGAUGGAUAUUUGUUCUAUAAUGACAGAGACAACAAUGUUAUCAAUAGGAUAACACAGGAUAGUACGAUAACUGAAUUCCUUAAAACAGGAGACUGGGAACCAAUAAGCAUACACUCCUCCCACAUCAACGGGGACAUACUAGUGGGGAUGAUAAAGAAUAGAGAGGCUAAAGUUACGCGAUACAACGAAGAAGGAAGAGAAAUGCAAAGCAUACAGAAGGACAACAAAGGACAAGAACUGUAUAUUUAUCCACACUACUUCACAGAAUAUCUCAGUGGUGAUAUCUUUACAUCAGACUUAUUCAAAAAUGCUGUAGUGGUGGUAAAUAAAACCGGACAGCACAGGUUCUCCUACACAGGUCCGAGGUCAGGGUUUUAUCCCUAUGGUAUAUGUACUGACAUCCUCGGUCACAUCCUGGUGUGUGAUGGUCUCAAUAACACUGUACAUCUCCUAGAUCAGGAUGGUCAAUUCUUAUCUUUGCUAGUCACACCACAACAAGGAGUAGAAUAUCCCCGUGGCGUGUGUGUGGACGAUGAAAGCAAUCUUUAUGUCGGACAACGAAACACAAACUCUAUAACAGUGUACAAGUAUCUACAGUGAUCACUGCUUUUGUGUUAAAAAAAAAAUUAAAUUAAUUUAAAUUAGUAUCAGAAGUAUGAUUUUUUUUUUCGUGUAGAAUAGUAGUAUUAGGUAACAAGAAGACGUAAAAGGUAGAUAAAACUGAUCAAUUCAUUUUUAAUGUCGCACCUUCUGGUAUUGUUAGUGUAUACUACAUGCACAAUGCAUUAUAUACCAUGUGAAAUUGUUUGUUGUUUUAUUAAAAUGAAAUUUAGAAUG